UGCAAAGAAAUCACAGUUCAAAAAUGGAGGUUCAAAUCGAAACACGAAAGCUAAUAAAGCCAUCGUCCCCAACACCGACUCACCUCAGAGAAUUAAAGCUAUCAAGCUUCGAUCAAAUCGCUCCUUCCACUCACGGCAGCUUCAUUUUCUUUUUUCCAGCUAAUAAAAAUGAAGCACUCAUCAAUGGCCAAACACUAGAAAAGCUCGAAACUUCACUCUCGGAAGUAUUAACCAAGCUUUACCCUUUCGCCGGUAGGCUCGUCGAGGACCGGAACGCCAUCGACUGCGAUGAUCAAGGCGUCGAGUAUUUAGAAGCUCGGGUUUAUAAUGUGGAGCUAAACCAAUUCAUCAUGGAUGAACUCGAGGCUAAAUGGGUGAACCGAUUGGCUCCUUACCCGAACGAGCUCGUUUUUACAACUAAUAUACUGGCUGUUCAAGUCAACAAAUUCGACUCCGGUGGUUUGGCCGUCGGAGUGAGUUUGUCCCAUAAGUUUGCCGAUGCCUUCACUAUUUUUAAUUUCGUGAACGCAUGCACCUGUUGUCGAAUCGGCAUUGAUGCGGUAAAGUGUUUGAGCUUCGAGACCGCAUCGGUUUUGCCUGCGGCGAUGUUUUCGGUAACGCAUAAAGUCCCGGUCCCCGAAGAUAACUCGGAAACUCUGAUUACAAAGAGGUUCAUUUUCAGCUCAUCCGCCAUGUCUACUCUGAAAGCAAGGGCGGCUCCUUUCGUAGCCGAUAGCUCACGGCUCUCCAGGGCGCAAAUCUUGAUCGCCCUCGCAUGGAAAGCUCGGCUCGCAUUAUCGAAAACGAAACACGGAUCAUUAAGGGAUUCAUUACAAAUCUUCCCCUUCAAUUUCCGUGGGAAAACAGGGUUGCCAAUACCAACAAAUGCAGCAGGCAACCUAUUCAGGAACGUCACUGUUCGAUUCACAGCAAACGAUUACCAUAACCCCGAUCUGCUCCUACACUUAGUGAAUCUAGUCGGAAUCGAAAUCCGAAACGCUGCCGAAUCCCUUGCGAGAGCUGAGAACGCCGAUGCUUUGUUCUCGGCCGCGAAGGAUUCAUCGAGGGUGAUCCAUGAAGAACUGGUUAAAGGGAACACGGAUAUUUGUCUGUUGACGAGUUGCUGCAGGUUUCCGUAUUAUGAAGCUGAUUUUGGUUGGGGGAAGCCCGGUUGGAUAGCGAGUGCUCACAAGGCUAUGGAGAUGGUAUUGUUGUUGGAUAGUGGGUUGGAUGAUGGUGCGAUUGAAGCAUGGGUCACGUUGGAACCGGAGAACAUGGCUCGGUUCGAGCAAGAUGCUGACAUUUUGGCUUAUAGUUGCAAGCCUUCUGAGUACUUCACUCGAGGGAAUUGAGAAAUCAAAUUAAAAGAACUUAAGGCCACUAGAGGUACUAGUACUGUUACAAUUAUUUUAUAC